AGGCCCUCCCGAGCCCCGGCCUCCCCUCUGCCUCGCAGGCCGGCCGACCGAGGCUGCCCCUCUGAUGUCACAAACCGGGGCGGAGGCGGCGGCCUCCUCUGUGGCGCCGGCUUCCGUUGGGUUGCCUAGGAGCCCGAGAUAAACACACACACAGGCCGCCGGGCAGACAGGCAGGCAGGGAGCCGCCAGGGAGGGAACAGGGAGGAAGCGACCAUGAGCCAAAGGCAGGUCUUGCAAGUCUUUGAGCAGUACCAGAGAGCCAGGACGCAGUUUGUGCAGACGGUGGCGGAGCUUGCUACUAGGCCUCAAAACAUUGAGACCCUCCAGAAUGCAGGUGUGAUGGCUCUGCUGAGACCACUGCUAUUAGAUGUGGUUCCGAAUAUUCAACAGACAGCUGCCUUGGCUCUUGGGAGACUUGCCAAUUACAAUGACGAUCUGGCAGAAGCUGUAGUGAAGGGGGAUAUUCUUCCUCAACUUGUCUAUUCAUUGGCUGAACAGAAUCGUUUCUACAAGAAAGCAGCUGCGUUUGUCCUGCGAGCAGUUGGGAAGCAUUCACCUCAGCUAGCCCAAGCCAUUGUUGACUGCGGUGCAUUAGACACGCUGGUGAUCUGCUUGGAGGAUUUUGAUCCCGGAGUAAAGGAAGCUGCAUCCUGGGCUCUUGGCUAUAUUGCAAGACACAAUGCAGAACUGUCACAGGCGGUGGUGGAUGCGGGAGCCAUCCCUCUUUUAGUGCUCUGUAUCCAAGAGCCCGAGAUCGCCCUGAGGAGGAUUGCUGCUUCAGCGCUCAGUGAUAUUUCAAAGCAUUCUCCGGAGCUGGCGCAGACGGUGGUGGACGUGGGGGCCAUUGCUCACUUGGCUCAGAUGAUCCUCAACCCUGAUGCUAAACUGAAGCGUCAGGUGCUUUCCGCUCUCAGCCAGAUAGCGAAGCAUUCUGUGGAUCUGGCAGAAAUGGUGGUGGAAGCAGAAAUUUUCCCUGUUGUACUCACAUGCCUGAAGGACUCUGAUGAAUACGUCAAGAAAAAUGCAGCCACUCUAAUUAGAGAGAUAGCAAGGCAUACGCCUGAGCUUUCGCAACUGAUAGUGAAUGCAGGGGGGGUCGCUGCUGUGAUCGAUUGCAUUGGCAGCUGCAGAGGGAAUGUCCGGCUCCCUGGGAUCAUGAUGCUGGGCUACGUGGCAGCCCAUUCGGAGAACCUGGCCAUGGCGGUAAUAAUCUCCAAGGGGGUCCCGCAAUUGGCCGUGUGCUUGUUGGAAGAACCAGAAGAUCAUAUUAAGGCGGCAGCUGCUUGGUCCCUGGGACAGAUUGGGAGGCAUACGCCAGAACAUGCUCGCGCAGUUGCGGUAGCCAACGUCUUACCUGUGUUGCUGUCCCUGUAUAUGGCAACUGAAAGUUCAGAAGAUCUUCAAGUCAAGACUAAGAAAGCACUAAAGAAUAUCCUCCAGAAAUGCACCUACCUGCCGGCUCUUGAGCCUUUGCUCCAUGACGCUCCUCCCAACAUUCUGAAGCACAUAGUUGGGCAGUUCAGUAAGGUUCUGCCACACGAUAGCAAAGCCCGGCGCCUUUUCGUAACGAGUGGCGGCCUGAAAAAGGUCCAGGAGAUAAAAGCAGAGGCCGGCUCAGUUCUUCAAGAGUACAUCCACACUAUUAACAAUUGUUACCCAGAGGAGAUAGUCAGGUACUAUUCCCCUGGAUAUUCUGAAGCACUUCUGGAAAGGAUAGAAAAUUAUCAGCCUGUUCUAUAAACUCUUCAGCAUUUGUUAUAGAGGGUUUUUUUUCCCUAUUUCCCUAUUUUUGAGUAGCAGGCUUAUAUAGUUUGGGAAACUCUAGUCUGCAAGAUAGUUAGUCUUCUGUCCUGUUACCAAUUAGUUAUGGCAAUAGGAAGAUACAGCCUUUUCUCCUGUAAUCCACACUUGGUUUUUCUAAGAGCCAAGGUUAUCAUGUACCUGUGUCCAGAGGUCCACAUUUCUCAGAAUGUCUUGAGGACAUGAGACUGUAAAGUCCAACAUCUUUUCUAAAUGUAGUCAUUUAGACUGCAGCCAGAGAAGUUGUCAGAUCGGAUGCUUGAGAUGAAAGAGUUGUUUCAGCGGAUAAGAAUGUUAGCAUGUAAGUCAGGAACUGAACCGUUCUCAUUCAUCACAAUGAAAUUUGCACAGAGGUACAGUUUGCAGCUCACUCUGGGAAAGUAGGAUUUACUGUCUCCAAAUGUGCAAAGGAGCAGUAGACCGUCUUCCUCUCUCCUGUUUCUUAAUUAACUGCUGCCACGGCCUCCGCAGCAGAAGUUUCUCAGGCAUCUGGAAGAACUAACAUGUGACUGGUAAAACCCUUUGAAUUAAUAACCGUCUGGCCUUUUAGCAUCCAGGUUUUUGAUGGGAUAGCUUCAACUGUAUAAUUUUUAGGAGUGGAUUUCAGGAGAACUUUUACUUCAGUAAUAAAUGACUGAUAAGUAGUUAAAAGAAAACUGGGAAUAGACAGUGCUGUGAAUUUUGCUUGAAAUUUGCUGAAUGCUGCUUCAGAGUCCUCCCAGCUUUUGAGAAAGGAAUGGUUGUGAGAAACAAAUUGCAUCCUGGCAAGCUUGAAAUUGUAAUACCUGAUGAAGUAAAAUAAAACCCUGCAGGUAGUACCAAGCAAAA